AUGGAACCUAACAGCACAUCAACACCAGCUCCUCAGAACUUGGAGGACAAUACGACGUCGACAUCCCAGGACUACAACCUCUCCCAACCCAUCACAUCUACCUCUGGCCUCCGGUCUGGCCUCACGAGCUACGGUGAUGCACACUUCUCCCUGUUCCUGCGCAAAGUCUUCAUCAAAGCGCUGGGAUACUCAGACACGGCCCUGUCCCGACCCAUCGUGGGUAUAAUCAACACGUACUCGUCCUUCAACCCAUGCCACUCAAACGUGCCACAGCUGAUCGAAGCUGUAAGACGCGGCGUGCUCACCUCAGGCGGCCUACCGGUGGAUUUCCCCACGAUCAGUAUCCACGAGAGCUUCGCGAGCCCGACAAGUAUGUACCUACGCAACCUGAUGAGUAUGGAUACAGAGGAGACGAUCAAGGCGCAGCCGAUCGAUGCGGUCGUGAUGAUCGGAGGCUGUGACAAGACUGUGCCUGCCCAACUAAUGGGCGGAAUCAGUGCGAACAAGCCGGUCAUCCCGCUCAUUACGGGGCCGAUGAUGCCUGGGUCCGUCGAAGGACUCCGGGUCGGUGCCUGUACAGACUGCAGGAGCUAUUGGGCGAAGUAUCGUGCGGGUGACGUCGAUGUCGAGGAUAUCAUGUCCGUCAAUGAAGAAUUGGCACCCACGGGCGGUACGUGUGGAGUCAUGGGCACAGCUUCAACAAUGGCGUGCGUGACUGCUGGGCUGGGUCUGCUUGAUCUACGUGCCGGCGCUACAGCAGCGGCCGUGAGUUCGGCGAGAUUGAGAGUCGCGGAGCAAGCAGGGGGGGAUGCCGUGAGGAUGCUGAAGAUGGAUCAAAUGAGACCGCAGGACCUAUUGACGCGCGAGAGCUUUUUGAACGCGAUCACCGUCCUUCAGGCCAUAGGCGGAAGCACGAAUGCCAUCGUCCACCUGAUGGCCAUCAUCAACAGACACCCAAAAGUGGCGGGCACCAUUGAUCUGAAAACAUUUGAUGAAAUCGGAAGGAAAACUCCAUUACUGGUGGACCUUAAGCCUAGCGGGGAUAAUUACAUGACAGACUUCCACAAUGCGGGGGGAAUGUUGGCAUUGAUGCAUACGCUGAGACCAUUACUACAUCUCCAUGCGAGAACCUAUACGGGUCAAACUCUGGGCGAGGUGCUAGACAGGACUCCUUUCAAAUUAUUGCCCUACUCCCGACGAAUCAUCCGAUCUCUACAAGAGCCCCUCUACCCAAAUUCAAGCUUGGUGGUUCUUUACGGCAACAUCUGUCCCAACGGAGCCGUCAUGAAAGCAUCAGCCUCAAAAAAUCGAAAACUCCUGCAUCACCGUGGUUCGGCAUGUGUGUUCGAGAACACCGCUGACAUGGCCCGGCGGAUUGACGCGGCAGAACUUGCCGUUGGCGAAGACUCAGUGCUUAUCCUCAAGAGCGUAGGUCCAGUAGGCAAUCCAGGAAUGCCUGAAGCUGGUUUAAUCCCCAUACCCCAAAAAUUGGGCAGAAAAGGUGUCACGGACAUGCUGCGAAUCAGCGAUGGCCGAAUGAGCGGCACUGCUGGAGGUACCAUAGUCUUGCAUAUAUCACCCGAGUCUGCCGACCUCGAUUCAGUCUUUGGGGUCGUACAGAUGGGAGACAAGAUUGUGUGUGACGUUGAGAACCGCAAGCUCUUUCUAGAUGUCGAGGAGCAGGAAAUCAACAGAAGAAUUGCCGAGCGAAAGAAUACGUCUUGGGUGAUUUCCCCUCCAGGAAAAGCUGAGAAGGAACCGUGGCUGGACCGAGUUGGUCGCAGGGGAUAUCGAGGUCUCUACGAACGAGAAGUCAAUCAGUCUCACCUCGGGUGUGACUUUGGAUUCCUCACUGCGAAGGGGCCAUCUGUUGACAAAAUAACAGCAUCAAAGCUUUCAGAUUGUCAAUAA